CCCCCCCCCCCCGCGCGCCGCCGCUGCUCCGCGUUCCCAGCAGCCUUUGCGCCCCCGCGGCAAAGAUGGCGGCGCUGAGCGGCGGCGUGCCAUGGCGGCGGGGCUGGCUGCCCGCCCUGCAGCUCGUCCGCCGCGGCUCCAAGGCGGUCACCCGCCACUGGAAGGCCAUGCACUUCCAGCGCCAGAAGCUGAUGGCCGUCACCGAGUACCUGGCCCCGCGGCCCGCCGUCCCACCGCACUGCCUGGCCCCCAGGAAGGAGGCGAGCCAGGAGGACAAUGGUUACGCCCGGCUGUUACGGCGGCAGGUGGAAGAGGUGUUCCGGGACAGUCGGAUGAUUGCUGUGUGUCAGUACAAUUCCAUGCCCGAUGAGGACAUGGUGCUGAUGAGGCACUACCUCCGAAAGCACAGCAUUGAGGUCAAGUUCGUCCUGAAUGAGAUUGUCAGACCUGUGCUGUCACAGUCCAAGUACAAGAAUCUCCUUCCUCUCUUUGUGGCACGCAAUAUCCUGCUGGUGAGCCCGGAAACGAAGGCGAGGGAGAUGCUACGGGUGCUGAAGGGAGUGCCACAGGUCAACCUCCUGGCCGCCUGCAUCGAUGACACCAUCCUGAGCAGGCAGGGAGUGGAGAAAUUUGCCAAGCUGCCUCCUCUGGAGGCUGCCCAGGGGCAGACAGUGGGUGCCCUGGGCCUCCUGCCCUCCCAGACGUCCUCCCUGCUCCAGUGCGGCUCCGUGCACCUCACGGCUCUGCUGGAUCAGCACAUCCGCCAGCUGCAGGCUGGGGAGACGGGGAGCCCAGCUGAGCCUGCCCCUGCCCAGAGCUCGGGGGCCUCACUGACUCUGGCCCCUGGCCCCCAGCCGGGCCCCGUGUCUUGGCUGGGAGUUGACUCCUUCACCGGCUGCGGUUUGGGGGGUCAGGGAUGGAAGGAUUUGUGCCGGGUGGGCAGCUAGUGGUGGGACUUUGGGUCCAGUGGCACUGCCGUCUUGUUGGGGAGCCCCAGCCUUUCCCUUCGCUCCUGCCACAGGUGGCACUUGGGAACAACCGGGCUGCGUUCCAGGGGCUGCAGUCAGAGGGUCGCCGGGAUCGGCCAGAGGAGGCAGAGCGUGGUGGGGACCCACAGUGGUGCUGGUGGGGAGGGUGGUGGGUGCUCCGAGCCCCCUGGAGCGGGGACAGCAAGGGCGAGUGUGCUGUAACGCGGAGCUAGCCACAUGGGUGGUGGAGCUAGCCAUGUCGGUGGGCUCGCUGUCCUGUCCAUUAAAGUCAGCUGUGUGGUGCUGAA